AUGGAUGAUUACCUUAUCAUAAAAGAGUUAGGAGACGGUUCAUUUGGCACAGUUAUACAAGCACAACACAAACAAACAGGACAAGUGGUGGCCAUCAAAAGAAUGAAAAAGAAAUUUUCUUCAUGGGAUAAAGUUUGUGAGCUUCGUGAAUUUAAGGCUCUAAGAGUUUUACCGUCAAAACCAAAUAUCAUUUCUUUACUAGAGGCUUUUCUUAUACCUCAAACGCGAGAGUUAUAUUUUGUUUUUGAAUAUAUGGAAGGCAACCUUUAUCAAUUAAUAAAAGAUAGGAAAGGAAAAGUGUUGGAUGAAAAAAUUGUACAAUAUAUCACAUUCCAAAUACUUGAAGGACUUUAUCAUAUUCAUUCACACGGAAUUUUUCAUCGUGAUAUGAAGCCGGAAAAUAUUCUUAUCUCAACUCGAAAAAAAAUAACGUGUGAAUGUGAUUAUAAUUAUGAAAUACAGGAAAAUAAUUCAACAUUUCCUUCUAAUACUCCAUGUUUUAAAAAUACUUUGACGGACAAUAUAAAAAGUUCUGAAGAUUUUGAGUAUAUAGUUAAACUUGGUGAUUUUGGUUUGGCAAGAGAGAUAAAAUCGAAGUCUCCAUAUACAGACUACGUUAGUACAAGAUGGUAUCGUGCACCAGAAGUACUUUUACGUUCAAAUUAUUAUUCUUCACCAAUAGAUUUAUGGGCAGUCGGAACUAUAUUAGCGGAAUUGUGUACUUUAAAACCUUUAUUUCCUGGACAAAGUGAAAUAGAUCAACUUUUCAAAAUUUCUGAAGUACUAGGAAAUCCUAACGCUAAAUCGGAACUUGCUAUGCAAGUCGGUGGGGUUGGUGGAGGAGAAUGGAAGGAUGGUGCUAAACUUGCAAAGGCGAUGGGAUUUUCUUUUCCGCAGAUCUUGCCCCAACCAUUAUCAAGUAGGUUCCCUCAAGCAACUCCACCUUAUUUUCUUGAAUUUCUUUCACAUCUUUUGCGUUAUGAUCCAAGACAACGUCUCACUGCAUUAGAUUCUCUUAAGCAUCCAUAUUUUUCUGAGAGUAAUUUAAUAUUUGCCUCACCAAAUGAACCAGAAGAAAUAAGGUUAAACAAGAGAAUAGAGAAAAAAAAGAAAAAUGACAAUUUUUUAUUUAGAAGAGGUGGACAUUUAAUUCCAGGAGAUAAAAAGAACGUUGCUCGUUAUUCAUGGACUAAAACAACAGAUGGACAAAACAAUGAUAAUAAUGGACAAGCACCGCAAUUGCCACCUUUGGAUAUUGAAGCAGCGAAUAAUGUUAGACAAAACGAUUUUGUACUUCCUACAAUUAAAGCUGUUAGUCCAUUUAGUUCUAUAAGAAAAAUGAGGUUUUGA